CAAACAGUAGGCCCAUCUACACAACUGCUACAAGCCUACAAUAAUCUCGCAAACGACGACGUAUUUUUUUGGCAAAAGAACUCGUCUAUGGCUCCGGUGGGGAUGGAGGAGAUGAUCCAAAUGAUGAUUUCUCCACGGCUGCUUGAUGGAAUGGAUCAAGCACAUCGAGUCCCUUGCCAUGGGCUUAUUUUCGAUCGUUCUGCUGCAAUUUGGUGCUGAGAGAGCUUCUAACACAUCUCACAUACGAAGAUGCGCCGGAGCAAGUUUUGCUGCUUGUGGUAGCCAAUCUCUGCCUCGCACCCAUUCGCCAUUUUACGAGAUUGGAAGUUUCCAACUAAGGAGAAUCUUGACAGAUUUCGAUGCUGCCUUUUAUAGUAAGAUCAGCUCCGGAAGUUGGGGAUCGUCACCCAAUCUUUGUCCUUAGUUCUUGGAGAAAUGUCAAGGCAAGAACUAACAACCUUAAUUUGUCUUCGUGUGCACGGAUACGACAAUACUCCGAGCUAGUUUGGCUUUUGUCGUUGAAAGUGGAGACGGGGUGAAUAUGCUUCAAAGCCGUUCUUCACGGUACUCUGCUUUUCCGCGAAAGUUCCUCUACUAGGAAGCGUGAGCUGUUCUGCUCUAUCUCACUCCAGCGCCUCGGUCCUGUCUUCCUUCUCAGAUGCUGAUGAUGUAUUGAACCACCCUACAAUCCAGUUGAAAACAGUGUUAAGAAAAUCAGACUAGUCAUGGAAAAAAUGAAGGAUGGUAAUUUGGAAUCUGCUUGGAAUGAUUUGGAAACGAAUCCUCACAACAAAGAUACACAAGUGCAGCAACUCGUCGAAUACUCUGAAGUCAGAGACAUUCCCCAAGUUAACGAGGACGAAAAACUGGCAAAAAGACAUGAAAAUGUGGAUAAGCCAGAAAAUAUGGGGCUAUGCCUUAUGGACAAAAGGCAUGUUCUUGAAGAGAAUGCAGAAAACACAAGAAAAUCUAAUGAAGAAAAUUUCGACAAGGAGAUGAAAGAUAAAUAUGAAAUCCAAAGCUUGGACAUGUCACAGAUUCACUUAAAAGAUUGCCAAGCAACUGGCGGUGAGUUCAUUAAAGUUGGGGAUGCAGCUCUAGAUACUCCGCCUACUUGUGAAAGGUUUUUGAGCUCAACUAAAGAUGAAAAGGCUGUUGAAUCAGUGCAUAUGUUUGAUGCUUCUUUUAGUGAAGUUUCUUUGGAUUUUGGGGAGGUUGGAUCUGCAUCUUCACUGAAUCCCCUGAACUCGAAAGUUUGUGCUUCUGAUCUGAGGGCAGAAGAAUGUUUAGCAAUGGAUUUAGGACAAAACCUAAGAAAAGCUUCGAUUACUACCAUCAAGAGAAAACUUCUCGUUCUCGAUGUAAACGGUCUACUUGCAGACAUCAUAAUGCCACCACCUAAAGGCUGUAGAGGAGACAUCCAUAUAUUCGGACGAGCAAUUUUCAAGAGGCCAUUCUGUGAUCACUUUCUGAAGUUCUGCUUCGAGAACUUCGAUGUGGCAAUAUGGUCGUCACGAUCCAAAAAAUUAAUUGAUAAAGUUGUUAAUUACUUGCUAGGAGAUCUACAACACAAGUUGCUAUUUUGUUGGGACAUGGCUCACAGCACUCAAACAGGAUUCAAAACUCUCGAAAACAUUCAUAAACCUUUGGUCUGCAAAGAGCUCAAAAAAAUUUGGGAAAAUGAGGAUCCCAAUUCGCUGUGGAAGAAGGGAGAUUAUGAUGAGUCGAACACACUAUUGCUAGAUGACUCUCCUUACAAGGCCUUGCUGAAUCCAAAGCAUACUGCAAUAUUUCCCAAUUCUUACCAUUACUAUGACAAAGAUUUUGACAAUUCAUUAGGACCUGGAGGCGGUCUUACAGUCUACUUAGAAGGGCUGUUGGCAUCCGAAAAUGUGCAGAACUAUGUCGAGCAACAUCCAUAUGGACAACGUGCGAUUGAUGAGACUAGCUUGUCUUGGGAGUUCUACUUGGAGGUUCUAACGGCUAUGUCGAAUGCAGUGCAAGAAUACAGUGAUGGCGUGAUUCCUAAUUCGAUUUCAAAGUAAGUCUUUCUAUUAAUUGAUCAUGGGAAAUACAACGAGUCUUUUAUUAUUAAUUUUUUCCUAUCAUUUUUUACUGAUCCCAUUAGGCUAAUGUUUAAACACAUGCAAUUGAUUGAGAUUCUUAAUCACUGAGUGAUGUGAUAGCAAACAAAUUUGGGCAUAAUAAACAACACACUAAAUUCGGACAUUGUGGGAAAUAAAUAUAAGGGGUUGUUUGUUUA